AUGAGCGACCCCUCUGGACCUGGAGAUAUCAGCGCUCAGCGGCGACGUCUGACAGCGUCCUUGGAAAAUCUUCAAAACCUCAUCACGCUCAUCCCGGAGACUGCACCCUUGGCAGCGGCUGAUGGCCCCCUGGUGCGGAAUUUCGGCGACCUCGAUGUCGACUCUGAGGAGGGCCCUUACUACGCUCUAGACAGAGCGUGGGUGCGCACCUUUCAGGUCUCCGCCGAGGAGCAAGAGAGCUUGAUCUGCCGUGGACAACAUGGCAUUACAUUUCUCUACAAUUGUCUAGUCUGGCUCGCUACGCUCCCUACUAUGGUGGCUAACAACGGUCUCUUUCUGCUGGCAGAGAGGGUGGAUGCGCUAAACCGUCUUGUGGCCCGACGCAAGGAGGGUAAGUUUGUUAUACAGCAUAAUGUUUUGUACAAGUAUUGCUCAUACUACAACCACAAUAUAGCUCCGUCCGAGGACACUACCACGCCGCAGGCGCAGGCACGGAGUUCCAAGACAGCCAACGAACAGCCACACAAACCAAGCGCUGCGAAGGGCAAGGUAGGUGUUCCUUAUGAUAUGUACCAAACAUACGUCGGCUCAAGUGCGCACCACAGCAACUCAGCCGACGACGAGCCGCUCAGGCGUGGCCGCCCUGCGCACAAGCAAACCUGGGUGAUUGCGCACUUUGUACCACUGCGGUAUUCGGCAAACGGGAAGAGUCUGUGGAAAUGGAAAUGCAAUUUCUGCAACACGUACCGCACAUCGCCGAGGACGCCAGGCUGCAAGGACUUCGAUAAAGAAGCUCCGGAGCUGCGCCGCCCGCAGUACGCCAGCAAUUUCAUCCGGCACCUCUCGAAGGAGUGCAAGAAGAUUCCGGACAACUCAAAGUUCGAAGCAUGGCAAGCACGUCACCUCGAGGGCACUAGACAGGGUGUAUCGAAUGGCGAGACGCAGGCGAACGCAGCACCCGAGGAGCUCGGUGGGGUCAUCAAUGGUGAGUCGCUUCAGCGCGGCUUGAUGAGCGGGUUCGUGGCUCGUGGACGUGAGAAUCCGGAGAAGCAGCUGAACAGGAUUUUGAAGGGCCUCACAUCCAAGGUUUCUAUCGCAAGUGAUGCAUGGUCCAGUAAGAACUGCGUCUUUGCAUUCAGCGGUCUCGGAGCAUUCUGGAUUACCAAAAAUUGGGUGCUCGUCUCUUGUCCCCUGAACCUGCUUCCUCUCGGCGGCGACCAUACGGGGUCCGCAGCGGCAAGGCUUCUGCACCGUGCGCUCAAAAAGCGCGGCCUCAUCAAGAAGCUCAGUAGGUGGCCUUAUCGCAACAUUGUCAAUCUAUUUCUGACUAGUCUGGUCACGGAUUUAGUGGGAAGUACGGCAGACAAUGCCUCGUCAAAUGGGAAGAUGAACCGCGUCCUCGCUCGCCGCAUCGCACGAGACCAUCAAAUCUAUCUUGAUCCUGAUGACAUUCAGGUUGGCUGCGCCGGACAUGUCGUGAAUCUGGGUGCACAGUACGUCACACCCUCCGCAUCCCGGUACAUCGAUCUCAUCGCUCACGGCAUUGCAGGGACUUCCUCCACGCUCUCGGGCUUGCGCCAAAUCCCGACAUAG